AUGGACCCAUCUAAGAAAUCACCAAGCCCAUCCUCCCCAGACAAAGUCUUUCUCGAAGCAUGCGACAUAUACUUCCGCCACUGCCAUAACAAGCCUUACGGCUUCUUCAAUGCUACUCUCUUCCACCAAAAGGUCCAAAACGGCCUCGUCCCUCUCCACCUACGACUCGCCCUAAUCGCCUCCGCAACCCGGUACUCCUUGCGCUCAGAAUGGAUGGAAAGAAAACAAACCACAAUCGACAGCUAUGCCCGGUGCUCAUGGGAAAUAAUCACAACAUCAACACCACCGCUAGAUGAAAACGAGGACGUCGAUAUAAUUCAAUCACUAGCUAUCCUUGCUGUAAUCGAUGCAACGGCUGGCCGGCGCCGAACAGCAUGGGUGAAAAUCGGAAUGGCAGUUCGAAUCGCUCAGGAUCUGAACAUGAUGCUUGAACCGGCUUCUCAUCUCCCCGAGUUGGAACGAGAUGAACGUCGCAAUCUCUUCUGGUCUCUAUAUCUUCUUGAUCGAUUUGUUUGCUGCUCGUUUCAACGUCCACCCGCUAUUAACGAUGACUACUGUCUUCUUAAUCUGCCGACGCAUUAUCGCGGUGGGAAGAAACUCCCGUCUAUCUCUUUGAGUGAGCUGUUUAAUGAGAAGAUUCGAGGUAUAUCGCCUCGUUCAGGUAUGUUUGGUAUUAGUGUCGGGUUGGCAUCGUGUCUUGGACGAACGACAAAGUACAUGAUGGCCAAGUCGGAGAGUAGUCCUCCGUGGAGCUCGCAUUCGGAAUACUGCAUGAUCCAUCGAGAUUUGGAGUAUUUGAAAGAGCUCGCAGUUAGGAAUGGUCCUAUCCUCGCUGCGCCGGGUCAACCACGGGUACAGAGUGAUAUGCCGAAUCCGGAUCGUGAACAGAUCGCGCAUAUGGUGCUUUCGCAUACUCUUUAUCAUCUUGCGCAUUGUAUUCUCAGUCAUCCUUUUCUGAUCGGACUUAAAGUUGAGGCGUCCCGAAUCUAUGACAUGCCCUCAUCAUGGCUUGAGGAGACACGGACGAGAAGCUUGGUUCAUGCUGGUUCUUUAAUCACUGUUCUUGUUGAAGCAAAGGCAGCGGGGUAUAUGCCAAUUCCUUCAGUCUACAGUUACUGCAUCCUAGUUGCGAGUACUAUUCAUGCGCUGUUUCUGUAUAGUUCCGACCCAUCUACUAGUCAGAGCUCAGCGGAGUAUUUGAGAAUGUCUCUCGAGUAUCUUGCUGAGAUGUCCGAGCUGUGGGACAAUGCACAGAUUAUGUCCGAUUCUUUGAAAUCUUUUAUAAUCCAGUGCCCACAAUACAGCGACAUAUUACUUCGAAGUGAACCGCGGAUGAAGGAUUUUACACAGACCGAACUAAGCAUAUUGAGAUCUGUUCUGGAUUAUUGGUCUAUGAUGGAUCCGCGGAAUCCGGUCUUUGGCGGCGUUUCAAAGACAAUCAAACCUAUAGAUCUCCAAUCGGCUCUUUCGGGGUAUUCUACUCCCCUAUCACCGAUGUCUGGAGAGGGCAUCUUGGAGAUGAACGUGGAUGAACGAAAAGAGCAUGGAAUGGAUCCCGAUAUUCUAGUUUCGUAUCCGCUCCCAGCCAUGUCCCCUAUAGUAUCCGACAACGAAGGAUCUCCCAAAUGGGAUUGGGAUAAUGAGCUGGAUGCCAUAAAGAGCUAA